AUGGUGCGGAGCUAUGCAGACGCCAAGGCCGCCCACGCGGCCGCCGAGGCGCUCUGCGCGCUGCUGCCCGGCUGCAGCGGCGACCUGCAGGGGCGGUCGGCCGCCAACAUAGUGUGGGCGAUCAGCGCGAUCGGCGUGGCAAGCGCGGCGGCGGCACGGGCGCUGGACGCGGCGCUGCGGGCGUUUGGGCGCGCGCUCGGGGACGCGAGCGCCGCGGAGCUGGCCACCGGCUAUCUCGAGGGCGCGUUUGGGGAGGCGUUCCCGCAUGCGCGCAUCCAACGCGCCGUCGGCGCCGGCGCGGCGCGCGUGUGCGAUCUGUCGGCGUCGGGGCCUGACGCGGGGCCGGCCGUUACCUCUCGAGACGCGACAGAGACGGUGUGGGCGGCGGCGGCGGUGCAGCAGCAGCUGGCGCCGGACCAGGUGCACGUGCUGUUCUCGCUGCUUGCGCGGCCGGGCAACGUCGCGUCCGCCCCUGCGCGCUACUUGGCGCGCGUGCUCAGCUCUGCGGGCGUGCUGCGCGUGCUGGGCGGCUGGGCGGACCCACUGCCGCAGGAGCGAUGGCUGGCCCUGGCAAGCGCCUUCCUAUCCGCGGACAAGCUCGAGCGCGCCGAUGGCGGCGUCGUGGCUUCUUACCUAUCAGCCCUGGCGCUGCUGAGCGGCGCCGACGACAGCGCGGCGCAGCAGGCGGCGGGCCUGCCGCUGUCGCUCGAGCCGACGGACGCUGAACGCCUGGCCGCAGAGUGCGCGUCCCGCGUCGCCGGCGGCGGCGGCGGCGGCGAGGGUCUUGUCGACCCGCUCUGCAAAACCUGCACCCGGGCGCUUAGUGCCGCCACCCUGAUCGACAGCCCCCAGCUGCAGAUGCUGACUCAGCUGGCGUGGGCGCUGGCGCGGUCCCCUCAUGGCCACGCGUCGCUGGUUGAGCUCGUUGUCCAGCGUGGCGCGCGUCUCCUGGGCGGGGGCCGGCUGGGCGCCGGUGACGUCAUCACGAUCGCAUGGCUCGCCGUGGCCACCAACAGGCGCGCGCUGCAGCCGCAGGUGCGGUUGCUGCUGGCUUCGCUGCCGCCGCUGGAGGGGGCGGGUGGGCAGUACACUGCCGAAAAGCUGCGGAUGGCUUACCAGGCCCACCUCUGGCUCUGCGACGGCCAGGCCAGCGACGCCCAGGAAGCUUCCGAGCUGCCCCCAGAAGUUCUGCAGCGAUCCAGGGACGCGUGGCGCCGCGCGUCGCGGCUGCGCAGCCGGCGGCAGCUGGAAGCCGCAGAGGCGCUGCACGCGCUGCUGGAGCAGGCCCAGCUGGAGGCGCUCUGCGGCGGAGAUCUGGGCGGAGAUCUGGGCGGAGAUCUGGAGGGAGAUCUGGGGCCGCUGCCGGAGAUCGGGGAGCUGGCGCUCAACGCGGUGGCGGCGGACGACGAGGAGUACUCUGUUGACGUGGCCGCGGAGCUGGGAGGUCGGCGGUACGCCAUAAUGCUGGAGGACCCCUCAGCAUUCACAGGACCCCCCGGCGCCCCCCGCCCCACCGACGACACGCUCGCGCGAAACGGCGGCCUCGCGGCGCGCGGCUGGACGGUGGUCGGAAUCGCGGCGGACGCGUGGCAGGGCGGCAAGCAGCUGCGCGUUGCCUAG